GUGACAGGCUGGACUCAGCCUUGGAGAUUACCAAGCGAAGGCACCGAGAUCCUGCUCGGGGUCAGACCGGCGCACACGGGUGCAGGGACCCCGCACAGCCUGUGUCACCGUCACUGCUCCCGCCCGGCCCCGGGCCCGCAGCGCUGCCCCUCGGGGCUGGCAGGAGCCGGGACCCUCGAGCCCCUCCGGUCCAGCCCAGGGCUGGGGGCUCCGGGGGCACCGCAGCCGCGGGGAGCCCCGGCGCUGCCUCCGGCCGUGCCCCCGGCCCUGUCCCGGUGCUGCCCCCGGCCGUGCCCCGGUGCUGCCCCCGGCCCUGUCCCGGUGCUGCCUCCGGCCGUGCCCCAGUGCUGCCCCCGGCCGUGCCCCGGUGCCGCCCCCGGCCGUGCCCCCGGUGCCAGUGCGGGGGCAGCAGGUGCCCUGGAGAUGCCGCUGCGGGUAACGGGGGCUCAGCUGGACUGAACUGGUCCGCGGGGCACCGGGGAUCGCGCUGCCCGCUCGAACAGCCGGAGCGGCGGGGCGGGCACAGCGCCGGGUCACCGGCCCCGGGAGUAUCACCGGGGGGAAGGUGCCCCGUUCCGCCCGGUUCCCGCUGCCACCCUGGGCCGGAUCGAGCUGCCCGCCGCCGGCAAAGCCUGGGCUCCCGGUUCCGGCGGGUACGCGGCGCUCUCCGGUGGUGCCGGAAAGGGUCCGGAGACCUCUCGGGGGUCCCGGUGCCGGUACCAGGGAGGGUUCGGAGAGCUCCCGGGGAUCCCGGUGCCGGUGAAGGUCCGGAGAGCUCCCAGGGGGUCCCGGUCUCGGUCCGGUGCCGGUGCCGGAGGCGGCGCUGUCCCCCCCGGCCGGAAGCGGAAGUGACGCGCCCCGAGCCCCCCACCCUCCCCCCGCGACCCCCGGCAGCGGAGCGGCCGCCGCAGGCCCGAUGGACGCGGAGGCGCCCCGGGGGCUGUAGCACCCCCUCCCUCCCACCCAGCGGCGGCAGCUGCGGCCGGGCCGGGCCGGGGCCGGGGGUCCGCCCGUCCCGCGCCCUCGCCAUGUCGGGGGCCCUGAGCAAGCGCAGCGACCUGGCCAACGACAACCGGUGCCCGGGGCUGAGCCUGGGGCUGGCAGCGCCCCCCGACCCCCGCACCGGCCCCGGCGGCGCCCUGGCCGAGGAGCUGCCCGGCGCCGGCUGGGCCAAGGCCGGGCAGGACCAGAACCGCAACGAGCUGGAGCCGGGCCCGGGCCCGGGCCGGUCCCCCGGGGCGCACGGCGAGUCCCCCGGGGCGCUGCAGCCGGGGCUCCAGGCCCGCAACGCCCGCAACGCCGCCCGCGACCCGCGGGCCCUGCUGAUCGGCGCCUCGGAGGAGGAGGAGGAGGAGGAGGAUGAGGAGGAGGACGAGGAGGAGGAGGACGGGCCCGGGGUGUCUCCGCCGGCUCUGGGCGCGGAGCGGGGCCUGCGGGAGCCCCCGGGGCGCAGCGCCAGCCACCUCUUCGGGGGGCCCGGCCCCGGCAGCGACGAGGACUCGAGCUGGGCCACGCUGAGCCAGGGCAGCCCCGGCAGCUCCCCCGAGGAGCCAGAGUCGCUGUGGCCGUGUGGCGCAGGAGCACACGGGGACCUGCCCCCCGGGUGGCUGCGGGUGCAGGACACCUCAGGCACCUACUACUGGCACGUCCCCACUGGUACCACUCAGUGGGAGCCCCCCGGCGGGCCCCACGAGACCCCUUCCGACGGCAGCACCCCCACCGAGGGGCCCACCGACCCCACAGCUGAGGAGGAGGAGGAGGAGGAAGAGGAGGAUGAGGAGCCAGGAGUGUCGGACCUGGAGAUGCCGUCACCAGGCCCGGGAUCACCAGGAGAGGGCAUGGCCCUGGGCGAGGAGGAUGCGCUGGUCUCCAAGGGCCUCCCGGUGCGCUCUCUGGGCUGGGUGCAGCUGCGGGAGGAGGAGCUGGGUCCGGGCCGCAGCAGCAGCACUGUCAGCGCCUGCAUCCGGCAGCUCUCGGGGCCUCGUGAUGGCCCCCCCGGCUCCUGGGGGGAGGCGCGGGCGCUGCUGCUGCUGGAGGAGCGCACGCUGAAGCUCGUGGACCCCCAGGACCGGGCGCUGCUGCACGCGCAGCCCGUGGGCGGCAUCCGCGUCUGGGGCGUGGGGCGGCACGGCAGCAGGGACUUUGCCUACGUGGCGCGGGACCCCCUGACGCAGGUGCUGAAGUGCCACGUGUUCCGCUGCGAGGGGCCGGCCAGCGCCAUCGCUGCCGGGCUGCACCGCGUCUGUGCCCAGCUGACGGCAGAGCGGCGAAGCGCCCGGGCAGCAGGCAACAGCCUGGGGACAGACCCCCCCCGGCUGGGGGAGCCUCCCCUGCAGGUGGAGUUCCCAGCCCCCAAGAGUGAGGUGGUUCAGCGCUUCCCCGUGUGUUACCUGGGCUGUGUCCCCGUUGCCAAGCCAGUGGGCAUGGAUGUGAUCAACGCGGCGCUGGAGGCAGCGCUGGCCCCCGGCUCAGGGGAGCCCCCUGCUCCCACCCCCGUGGUGGUCAGCGUGGCCCCUGCAACCCUCACCAUCGCUCACCGCCAGACAGAGGCGGUGCUGUGCGAGUGCCGCGUGCGGUUCCUGUCCUUCAUGGGGGUGGGACGCGACGUCCGCGCCUUCGCCUUCAUCAUGGCCAGUGCCCCCGGCACCUUCCGCUGCCACAUGGUGUGGUGUGAGCCCAACGCCGCGGGGCUCAGCGAGGCGCUGCAGGCCGCCUGCGUGCUCCGCUACCAGAAGUGCCUGGACGCGCGGCCCCAGGCCUCCAGCUCCUGCCUGCCCGCGCCCCCGGCCGACUCGGUGGCACGGCGGGUGGGCUCCUCCGUGCGCCGGGGGGUGCAGACCCUCCUGGGGACCCUCAAACCGCGGCGGGGAGGGGCGCAGACCCCGUGAGUGGGGCGAGGGCGUGGGGGGCGUGCGGCUGGGCGAGGGGGGGGCAGGCCCACCGACCCAACGCUCCGGGGCACAGAGUUACCCAGGGCGUUGGGUCAGGGGUCCUGCCCCCACCAGUGCCCCCACGCUGGGUCACGCCCCCCCGGGGUCCCCAAUGCAUGUGGCGUAAUGAGGGUCUGUGUUGUACUAAAUCAUUAAUUAAUAAACCCAUUCCACCA